GGCUCUCCGAAUCUUUGAUGACUUGGGCAGGGAGCUGGAGCUGGACGCAGACCCGCUAUUCCUAGUUCUCUGAUGAAUAAAAGCAAGCCUGGAGAUGAUAGAGUUGAUACCAGCAAGGAGUGCACAGACAAGGAAGCUGGUGGAACAGAAAGUGCAAAGCAAGAGACAUCCUGUCCUCAAUUCGCUGUUCUACAGGCUUCCAAGUGUGAAGACAUUGUACUGCCUGGGAAUGACACACAUGGCAGCUAUAAGAGUCUCCGUAAAUUCCGCAGAGCAGUUCUGGUCAUCCAGGUCAUUCGCAAUCUCAUUAAAAUGUACAGGGACUAUGCAGCAUCUAAAGCUGAAUUGCUAUCCUUUGCUCAGCUUCAAUACACUGGAUCCAGCACAGAGACUGAAAACCUCCUCUUUGACUGUGCUUAUUUUAAAGCUAAAGUAGAGACAACUAUCAGCAGUGAGGCACGAGUCAUUCUCUCAGGGCCUCCAGAAAACCGAAAAUCAGAAGGCAUCAAACUGGCCAUGCUGUCGUUAAAGUCAACAGUCAGUACUUUCUCAGAAUACCCUGUUCACAUCCAGGAGAAGCUGGCACAGCUGGGUUGGUAUGAAUGUUUUGGGCCAGGAAGAGUGAUCAUCAGGCAAGGCCACAUUCCGCAGAAUUUCUAUUUGAUUCUCUCAGGCACUGCUGUGGUCACUAAGGUGGCUCUCAACCAACAGACUGGAGAGCUUUAUGCCAGAACGGUUGCUUUUCUGAAGAAAGGGAAAUACUUUGGGGAUGUUGCCAUCUUGACUGGUGCUAGGAGAAAUGCCACAGUAGUCUGUCAUGAUACUGUUUCCCUGCUGGCUCUUUCUAGACAGGACUUCUUAAAUAUAUUUCUGAGCCGGGAAUCUACUGAGGGGCCAGAUUUUAUAGAUUUCCUGCACAAGACUGAACUUCUUUCAGGAUGGCCAAUUGAAAAGUUGCCUUACAACAACCCCAGAAUUUGUGCUCAGACCUUUUUCAGACCAGGCACAGUCAUUACAAAGGAUUCAAAGUCAUCAUCCAAAAUUUAUGUGAUCAAAACUGGGAGGCUGCGGGUCUUGAAGGCAGUGACACCUUCGAAACCUCAGUUAUCAUUAGAGUCUUUCAGAUACUCCCGACUCUACUAUGAGCCUGCUAGUAAUGAAGGAUAUUCAAAUGAAGCCUUGACUAAGCAGAGGGAACCUGGGAGUCAGAAGGUUCAGCCGUUCUCAGACACUUUUAUUGAAGAAGAAUACCUCUUACCAGUGCUUCAGAGGGAGAAAAAAACACCUGAACAGCAAUCCACAGCAAGUUGCACCCAAAAGGCUCUGACUUCAGACAUGGAAGAUAACACUGAAAUGAAGGAAAGAGCGGAUGCCACUAAAAAAUUCAUUCACAUUCAGACUCUCCGAGCAGGUGAUAUAUUUGGUCUGGUAUAUGUAGUCUUUGAAGACGCACUUAGCAUGACCUUGGUUUCUGAUGGAGCUGAGUGCAUUGUGGUAUCAAAGGAGUUCUUCAAGAAGCACAUGAAUGAAGACUAUCGCCAAAAAUUAUGCACAUCUGAUUCCUUCCUAGUGGCCCAGAAUAUUUACAUUUAUGGUAGCAUUGCUGCAGCAUAUUGGACAAUUGUAGACUAG